AUGGUCAAAAAUGACCUGAAGACACUCCCGUUUCACAAUGAGCUAAGCCUAUCGCCACAGGAUAUACUGGACCUGUUCAAAGUUACUUUCGAUCAACAGUUGUAUCGUGAUGAUCGCCAAAUUCUUAGCGAUGAUAUUCAACUUGUAAAAUCAGAGCUGUUUAACAGAAACUACUCGGCUGCUUUUGAUACAGCAGAGAAGCGAACUGCUUAUUGCUGUCGGUGGUCUCCUUCUCGGGCAAUUGCGUACAGCUCACUUUUUUGCCAUUUGGACGCCGUUCGAGCUGUGAUCCAGAAGUCUGAUGAGAGCGAAAUUUUGUGCAUUGGGGGCGGUGCAGGAGGUGAGCUGAUAAGUAUCAGCAGCAUAUUUGUACCCUCUGUGGACUUUAACUCUAAGUACUCGACUAGCGCUCAAGUGGAAAACAAAACUCUCAAAGUCACAUUAGUCGAUCUAGCGGACUGGAGUGCAGAAGUGGAGAAACUGAAGGAAAGCAUCUCCAAGACAUGGCUGUUCGACCAUGCCAACGAUUUGCAAAUCCAAUUUCUGAAAAAAGAUGUCCUACAAGCGACCUCCUCAGAUUUGAAUUUGCCGACACUCAAUCUGAUAACACUACUGUUCACCACAAACGAGCUAUUCACGGCUGCAAAGGCUGAAAGCAUUCGAUUUUUUCAACUGCUCAGCAAUCAAUGCAAGUCGGGCUGCCAUUUAUUGAUCGUCGAGAGCGCCGGCAGCUUUUCUCAUAUAACCGUGGGCACCAAGAAGUUUCCUAUUCAGUUUCUUGUCGACACGCUACUACUGGGUAAAAGGGGCCAAGAAGAUACCGGUGCUUGGGAACUAGUUCAAGAGCACGAUUCGUUAUGGUACCGUGCCAAGGACGAUGUAGACUAUCCUCUGAAGGUGGAAAAUAUGCGUUUUUUCUACAGACUGUACCGGAAGAAGUGA